GCUCCGGCCCAUGGCUUCUCAGCACGGCGUGUCGCGCGUCGUGGGUGGCACAGAUGCCCAGCCAGGGGCCUGGCCCUGGAUCGUCAGCAUCCAGGAUCCCUGGAAAACAGGCACGGGGCAUACAUGCGGAGGGUCCCUCAUCAGCCCACAGUGGGUCCUCACAGCAGCCCACUGCUUCAUUGAGGCCAGGCACAUCACCAUGUGGCGCGUGGUGGUCGGGGCCACCCGGUUGACUCAGCUGGGCCCUGAGGCCCAAGUGCGCCAUAUCAAGCGGCUACUGGUUCACGAGCACUACAGUAACAUCACGCAGAGGAACGACAUCGCCCUGCUGGAACUGGACCAGCCUGUGCAGUGCAGCUACUCCAUCCAGCUUGCCUGUGUGCCCGACGCCUCGCUGAGAGUGUCAGAGCUGACAACCUGCUACGCCAGCGGCUGGGGUUCCACGACUGCAAGAUGUGAGUUCCCAAAAAGUACUCGUGUCCUGAGCGAGGCCAAGGUCCGCCUCAUUGAUGUCAACCUCUGUAACAGCAGCGGGUGGUACAGAGGGGCCAUCCACACCCACAACCUGUGUGCUGGCUACGCGCAGGGUGGCAUCGACACCUGCCAGGGCGACAGCGGUGGUCCUCUCGUCUGCAAAGAUAACAAUGCAGACUACUUCUGGCUCGUUGGAGUCACCAGCUGGGGGAAAGGCUGCGCGAGAGCAAGACGGCCCGGAGUCUACACCUCCACGCAGCACUUUUACGACUGGAUCCUGGCACAGAUGGGACUGCGCCCAGCAGUAUCGGCUACUCCAACGCCACAGCCAGGCUUCACCUCAAGCCCCUUUCAGAGGCCGAGACCCAUACCAACUCAGUUGGGCACGUUUACACCCUGCCCAUUUCCAGUCCAGAGGCUGGUGCAAUUCUUUACUCGGGUGCAGGAGCUCCUGCAGUUCCUAAGGGGGACAAAGGCCUGAGCAGCAGGAUGGACAGGAUCCAGUGCAGCCGGCAGCGUAGCACUGGUAACUUUGCAACAACAGUUACGGUAUAUUGCCUGUAAUUGCAGUAGUACCUCUUUCCAUGCAUGUACAUCACUGGAAAUGGGUUCAGUUCAACACAAAGCUGAAAAAGAGCUCAAAUAUAGCUGAUGACUGUAUUUUUGCGCACGUGUAACAAACAGACUCUGGGAAAAACCUGUAACUGUGGCUCUGUGGUUGAAAUG